AUGGCCGACGCAGUGGUAGCAUUUGGAUUGCAGAAGCUUUGGGAGCUUCUAAUUCGAGAAUCCAAUCGGUUUAAGGGAGUCCAUGAACAAGUCACCGAGCUACAAAACGAUCUGAGAGGGCUAAAGUCGUUUGUGAAAGAUGCAGAAGAAGAAACCAAUGAAGGUAAGAGUGAGAGAGUGAGAAAUUGUGUUCAAGAGAUUGUUGAGAUUGUGUAUGAUGCUGAAGAUAUCAUCGAGAGUUUUCUUAUAAACGAAGAGAAGUUUGGUAGAGAAAGAGGGAUUAAGAAGCAUUUAAAGAGAGUUUCUUGCAUCACAUUUUCUCAUCAGGAGUUUGGUUUACUGAUCAGAAGCAUAAUCACUAGGAUCGCUAAGGUUAUAGACAAUAUGGAGAGAUUCGGAGUGAGAGAGAUCAUUGAUAAAGUUGAUGAAGAAGAAGAUACAGAAAGAGUUAUUGGUGGAACAUCUUUUCCUAGCGUUUCUGAAAGCAGCCUAAUUGGUGUGGAGCAGAGUGUUGAAGAGCUAGUGGAUCAUCUUGUGGAAGAUAAUGGUAUUCAAGUGGUUUCUAUAUGCGGGAUGGGCGGUAUCGGGAAAACCGCGCUUGCUAGAAAAGUUUUCCAUCAUGAGAUGGUGCGGUGUUGUUUCAAUGGAUUCGCUUGGGUGUGUGUUUCACAAGAGUGUAGGCAAAAGCACGUGUGGAGGUCGAUAUUGCAGAGCCUUAAGCCGAAGAAUGAGGAAAAGAGAAUUGUGGAAAUGACAGUGUCUGGACUCCAAGAUGAGCUCUUUAAACUACUUGAAACCGAAAAAUGUUUGAUUGUCCUUGAUGAUUUGUGGAGCACUUCAGCUUGGGAGCUUAUACAACCAGGAUUUUCACAUAGAUCAGGGAGCAAGAUAUUACUCACUUCUCGGAAUGAAGGUGUUGGUUUGCAUCCAGAUACGAGACGCGUUGUUUUUAGGCCUAGAUGCUUAACUCAUGAAGAAAGCUGGGAAGUUUUCGGAAAGAUAGCUUUGACUGAGAGAAACGAUUUAGAGUUUCAGAUUGAUGAUUUAACGGAAGAGAUCCAACAAAUGCUCAAACACUGUGGAGGGUUACCUUUAGCUGUGAAAACUCUUGGAGGGUUGCUAGCUACAAAACGUACAGUGUCCGAGUGGAGAAAGGUACACAACAAUAUAGGAUCUCAUAUCGCAGGAGAUAUUAGUGAAAAUGGUGGAAGUAGUAGUUUGGUAUUCAAUGUGCUAUCUUUGAGUUAUGAAGAUUUACCUUCUCAUUUGAAACACUGCUUCCUAUACCUAGCACAUUUUCCGGAAGAUCAUGAGAUACAAACAGAGACAUUGUUCAAUUAUUGGGUCGCAGAAGGAAUAGUGAUGUUACAUAGUGAAGAGAGUACUAUUGUAGAUGUUGCAGAGGAUUACCUCGAGGAGUUGGUCAAGAGGAGUAUGGUUUUGGUAGGGAAGAGGAACAUUGUGACAUCAAGAAUCGAAUCUUGUCGUCUGCAUGACGUUGUUAGAGAAGUAUGUAUGUUUAAAGCCAAAGAAGAGAAUUUCAUACAAGUUAUCAGUGCUCAGAGCCGUAUUUCGAAUGCUACUAGCGGUCUAUCACCUGUAUCCACCACCAGAUCCCGCAGACUCGCUGUACAUUUGGUGGAUGAUGACGAUAACGAACCUAGUAUAUUUCAGCAGAGGCAGAUUCAAAACCCCAAAGCAAGGACCCUUUUGUAUAUCACUAGAGAUUUCAGUCCUUGGAUAUUAUCAACCCCGAGUUUUCGAGGUUUACGAUCACUUAGGGUCUUAGAUCUCUUUGGAGCUCAGUUCAGAAGACGCAAGUUACCUAAGAGCAUAGGGAAGCUCAUCCACUUGAGGUACCUGAGUUUGAAAGAGACAAACUUGUCUGUCUUACCGUAUUCUCUGGGGAAUCUAGUGCUGUUGGUUUAUCUGGAUUUAGAGAUUUACGAGACAAUGGUUCACAUACCAAAUGUUUUAAAGAAGAUGAAGAAGCUGAGAUAUCUUAUGUUACCCGAUGAACUAAGCAAUAAAACGAAGCUGGAAUUAAGUGGUUUAGUGAAGUUGGAGAGCCUCAAGAACUUCUCACUAAAGCACAGUAGCUUCAAAGAUCUCAUCAAUAUAUCCAAACUCAGAACUUUGUGGAUCUGUUGUGCCUCCGAUAACCCUGGAGAGGAAGUUUUACCUUUGUCGCUUGGUGCAUCAUUGAAACACUUGGAGGAAUUGAUGUUGUACAACAAAAGAAGCGGCCAAGUCCAACCCGUGAAAAUCGAUGCAGGAGCACUUGUUUCUGGUUUCCAAAGACUUAACCAAUUAAGGUUACAUAUAAAGAUAGAGAAGUUACCUAAUGAACUUCAAUUCCCUUCCUGGAUUGCCUCUGUUUCAUUAUCCUCUUGUGACCUACCCGAGGAUCCAAUGCCAGUUCUCGAGAAGCUACACAGCUUGAAGAUUGUUAGUCUAGAAAUGAAUGCUUUCACAGGGAGGAAAUGUUAUGCUCGAAAGGCGGGUUCCCUAAAUUGCAUACUCUAG